CAGGGCAAGUAUGAGGAAGCAGAGUAUCUCCUCCUGCAGACUCUUAAUGGCCAUAAAGCAGUGCUAGGAGAAGAACAUCCUGAUACUCUUACCAGCCUUGCCGACUUGAGUGAAACACUCUUAUUCCGGAAUGCUGACGACGAGGCUGAGGGAGCGUUGGCGGGAAGAGAACGGAUUUUCGGCAAUAACCAUUUAUGUACUCUAUGCACUUGCCUUACUAUGGCAGGUUGCCUCCUUGCAAAGAACGACUUGGUAGGAGCUGAGAAUCUGUUAAAGAGAGUCUUAACUGGAAGGGAAAGAAUCCUAGGCGCAGACCAUUCAUUGACCCUGUUCUGCAUCUCUCUAAUGGGUUUAUUCCUCGCGUCGCAGGAUAGACUUAAAGAAGCAGAGAAAUUCCUUAGACAAGCUUAUAAGGGAUCGAAGAGAGUACAGGGGGAAACACACAAGGAGACUAUGCUUAACAAGGAAUACCUCGCUUCGGUGCAACAAAGGCGUCUGUCUAAUAAGCGGGGAAAGUGGCUAAUGCCGGUGUAUAGACGCUUGAGACGUCUGUGGCAGAAGAGUAGAAACUGA